AAAGCUGGUCGGGAAGGGGCCUCACAAAAGUCGGGAGAGAGCUCUUCCUGGAGGUUCAGAAUCCCAGCUCAGGAUAUAAAAGAAUGCAGCUGGACCAGCAAGAAUCGCAUUACGGAAUUGCCAGCAGAAGGAAUCGCAUUUCAAGCCAACUAUAGGGCUCAGAAACCUUCUAAGGAUUACAAGGAAAGGAGGGCAAGGACUUGGAUUCAAUCUAUCUGAAAUAGGGCCAUGAAUUACCUUAAGAUUAUAGCCUAUUUUUUAAUAAUAACGGUGGCCGAAAAUGGAGCCCAACCACUUUCGAUAGGCGGCCAAAUGGAUACGGAAGCCAUGACUAAGACCACCACCAGGCCCAAGCUCAUCAUUGAGGAAACGGAGCCCAUGAUGUACCACUUCAUCACCGAGCACCGACCCACUUCGUUGGGCCAAAACUAUUACCUGAAGCCCGGCCAGUUGGUGGGGACCUUCACCCUGAACUCUGGUAGCCUGCAAGUCCGGCACGAUGAGAACGACGGGAAGCCGGUGGCCAGCAAACAGAACAUACUGUUUGUGGCAUACGCCAAGGAUGUGCCACAGAAGAGCAAAUAAAACUAAUUUAUUUUGAAAGGU